AUGAGCGAAGCAGAUCUCAUGACCCGACAUCUGCGAAUAGCAUCACCAACGAGACGAACGAGCGCGCUACCCACGAAGCAGCCCCCAAAGCAACCCACUAGGCAACCCAUACCGAAAGCAACGAUGUCGGCACCUCGGCGACAGAUGACGGAUCGUGGCGCGGCCGUAUACGCCGCCGUAGAAAAGAGCGAACAGAGUACCGAAUGUCUCUGUUGCGGCGCCGCACACGUAACGCCGAAGUGUAAGAAGCUGAACGACAUGUCGUUAUCGGACAGAUGGGAGUGGGCGAAAACAAAUAAGAUGUGCUUCCAAUGCAUGAACAGCACGCACAGAAGGUUCAAGUGUAAUGCACGCAAAUGUGUUGUGAGAGAGUGUCGUAAGCCACACCACGCCCUGCUGCACCCCCAGAAGAACCGCCGAAGCGGCAAGAGGACACCGCGAUUACAGCCGCAGCACGCUUGCCAGAGAACAGCCAAGUGUUGUUAA